AAAGAACCCAAACCCAGUGACGUUUUGUUACAGUUGGUGUUGCUGGGGACUUACACAGUGAAGAAAAGAAAUGGCGAUGCUCGGAGGUUUCAGCUCAGCACAGCCCAGGAAGAGUGUCCCUGACGGGAGCAGCGACAUGUCGGAUUUCGUUUGUCCAGUUUGCCUUGAAAUCUUCGAGACUCCUCUAACAACACAGUGCGGUCAUACGUUCUGCCAGAGCUGUUUGCAAGAAUGUUUGCGUCCACAGAAGCCUGUGUGUGCUGUAUGUAGGACAGCUGUGACCAACUGGACUAAAGCUGCUGAUUUAGAGACCCUCAUCCACUCGUCUGUGGCAGCUUGCAAGGGAUGUGGAGUUCAGGUUGGCCUCUCUCAGAUGAGGAGCCACACAGCUGCUUGUUCAAAAUACCAGGAGUACAUUGAGGAGGGGGUGAGGAGCACUGCCCAAAGUCAGCCUGCCAUUAUCAGCCCGGUGCCAAACCGCUUCACUUUCUCCUGUCCCUUCUGCAACUGCCCGAACCUGGAUCAGGACAGCCUAGUUGAACAUUGCACUACCCAACAUGCACGGGAUACACGCCAAGUGGUGUGUCCUAUCUGUGCCUCAAUGCCUUGGGGAGACCCCAACUACAGGAGUACUGACUUUUUCCAGCACCUGAAGAUCAGACACACUUUCUCCUAUGACACUUUUGUUGAUUACGCCACAGAUGAGGCCACUAUGAUUCAAGAGGCUUUACAGCGUUCCCUCAUGGACAAGUGAAGUGUGAGGAACAAUGUAGCAGCAGGGAAAGAGGAAUCCAGAGAAGAGAGCAGGAGAUUGUCUUGGAAAGACAAAAAAAAAACACACUGUAUCAUCAAUUUAUCUAUCCAGAGGACGGUUGUACUGAAUCACUAUGGAUAAUUAUUAUUUAAAGGGCACAUUGGGUUGCAUCUUCAAAAUCUAAACGAUUUAAAAUAAAACAAUAAAUAAUGGUAUGUGAUUGAAACAUAUUGUACUGUUUGAUUUAGGGCUGGAGUGUAUCAAGUGUGAUAAUCCUUUAUCUUCCCCUCUACUGAGUCUGUGUUCUUUGUAGUUAGUUUUGCAUCACUUUAACUACUUUUCAGUCAUUUAUUUAGUAAUAAUCUAGUGUCGUACGACCAAAAGCUUUCAAAGUUGUUGGGGGCUGAGAGGGGGGAAAAAGAAGUCUUGAUGUUAUGAGAGGGUUCGACCACUAGGUGGCUCAAUAUCGCCAACAAAUAAACUUUAUGAGGGAAUGUUGUCUAGCAACAGUAAUAAAUGAUGUGCUAGCCAAGAAUGGCUGUGCUUAUAAAAUAACCGCCUCAAGAGAGAGAGAGGGACAAAGGGGUAUGUUUAAAUCUAUGCUGUUUCUGGUUGGAGUGUUUUUUCCAUUUUAUUUUCCAGGAUGUGCUGAAACGGAUAACUUGUGUAGGGUCAAACGGAACCAGAGAUGGUGGUUUGCUUCAUUGUAAUGUUCCUCCCUUUGUGUCUUUGUGCCUUCUAGUAAAUCUUAUUUCUGACUUCUAAAGUUAACAGGGCUAAUCUAGAUCAUCCUGGGGACUAGCAGAUCCAAGAAGGUCGGCAUCAAUUAGUUGUGUGGGUCAUUUUUUCCCCCCUAAUUUUUGUGUCGGUUAUUUUGGCCAGUGGGGGGCACUAGAGUUCUACCUUUCCCUGACAGUUCUAGUUGUGACAACACUAGAUCAACCUAGAUUUCAUUAAGUGUUUUUUCACAUGCAUUUUCAUUUUGCUCUUUGGUUUUAAGUGCAUUAUAUGACGGCAUCACAGAUAUACAAAAAUAGGUUUUAGUGAAAUAAUUUAGUCCUAGUGGAAAUACAAUGAAUACAACUUUUAAAUUACAUGGUGAGGUAUUAUAACUUUAAAUGUAAAGUGCUGUGACGUGUUGCUGGAAUAGAAACUUGUAAUAAUCCAAAAUACAUUGCUUUUAUAUCUUCAAAAUCUUAGUUCUUAUAUCGAAUGCCACCCAAAUAUUGCUUGCAUGCAGGGUUAGAAAAUUCCAGCAGUGGUUUGUGUUUUCUAGGGCUGGGCAGGGUUAUUUUAUUAUUAUUUUUUUUCGUUUUGCCUGUAUGCUUUUGCGUAAUUUUUUUCCCCAAUAACUUUUGAUGUCUCAGAUCAAUUUUAGACUGUAAUACAAAUUUUUACAUGGAAGCAAUGCAUUUUUGGUUUACCAACUGAUACGUGAAUAUCCUUGCUAGCAGAUUAAGUAGCUCCCAUACCGAACCCUUGUGUUUUUUUCUUUUAUCUAGUGUUUGGUCCUACUUAUAAGGCCUGUUGUGAACGUUUUUGUCCUCCUCUGAUGUAGUAAUGUUUUUAUUUUACUAUGCGUUUCUAAUGUGUGAUAUUUUCCCCCCUUUUUGCAAUAUACCUUUGUUUUUCUUUCAUCAGCCCUGCUGUCAGGGUGUGCUAAGUCCCAAGAAAUUAAAGAUUUUUAAUUAUUUAAGCUUUGGACUCUGAUAUCAGGUGCUGUGAUUUAUACCUAUAUGUAUUGGAGGUGUGUUUGUGUGUGUUUCAAUCACUGAUUACAGUGCAUUGCAAACAUAUUCAUACCAAUUUGUCUCAUUACAGCCACACCCCUCUAUUUAAUAUUCUGGGAUUUUAUGUGAUAGCCCAACACAAAGUCAUACUUUACAUUCAAGUACUGACCCCAUGAGUCAGUACUUUAGGGUAUGUGUGUACCAGCUCUGCACAGUUAGAGUCUGCAGUUUUCUCCAUUCUUAUUUAUAGUCUGGGUCAAGAUCAUAAUCUGUGAGCAUUUUCAGGUCUUGUCAUACAUUCUGUUAGGUUUAUGGUGGGGUUUUGACUGGCUUAUUCUAACUAGUAGCUCAGCUGGGUGUCUGGUGUGUUCCUUGAUUUUUAUAAUGCCCUAACAUCUGUAUAUUUUUCUCUUAUUAACUCAUAGGCAGGUUCAUUGGAAGGGCACCAGACUAAAAGAUGCUGAAUACAAAUGCAUGUCAUACUUUUCAGGACAUUUUUUUUUUUGUUGCUAUUAAAGCCAUGUGUCAAUCUGAA